AUAAUUUGUUUCAUAAUUUUGUCAAAAACGAUAAAAAAGUAAAACAUUCGGUCAAAAAUAUCAUCAUAUAGUACAGUCAACCCAAAAGAAAAAGUAUCAUUACAUGUGAGAUGAUGUUUGUUACUUGUCGAGGAAAAAAAAUAAGAACAUUUAUGUUUUGUAUUGACAAAGUAGCCCCUCUUGUUUUCAUUUUUACUUCCUCCUCCCUCACCAUCAAUUAAUCGUCUUCUCGGUUCUUACUUCCUCCGGUCGCCGACGAAUUCUGCUUUGAAGUGGGUUUAUUGCAGAGCAAAGUAUGAUGGGGUCGAGAGGAAUAAUCAGCGAUAAGUGGUCAAUGAGGAUUCUCUGGGGCUGUGCACUCGGAAGUGCAGUCGGUUUAUACAUGGUUGCUGUAGAAAGACAAACCCAGAACAGAGCACGUGCUUUGGCUGAAGGUUUGAGAGCUGCUGAAUCACAAGCUGGUGAUGCCUGAUACUCUCUGAAAUCUACCAAGUGCUGUGUUUAUUUUUUUCAUCUUUUAGAUACACUAUAUAAUAACAUCUUGUUCCUAAGAUGGUUUUUGAUGCACUUUCUUGUUGGCAAGUAAUCCUAAAACGAGUUCGAAAACUUGUAAGAGUUGAAGUUGCUUGAACAUACAAUUUGUGUUAUGGAAUAAAGCUGCUUCUUGCCUUU